CAUUACUAUGUGUCUGCGAAGGAAGGCAGGACUGGCAGCUGAGAAAAUAAACAAAAGACGAGCUCGGAUUAAUAAAUGUUGUUGACGUUAUCUAAAAUAUUUUAAUCACGCGUUUGCAGUCUUUAGGUUGACCUAUCAGCAAGGGCUGUCCGACUGGCCAUGAAUCCCGACCUAUCGCUGCGAGUGAGCGUCUUCUCCGAACAAGGAGGAAGGAAAUACAUGGAGGAUUUAACGGAGGUGAUCGUGGAGCUAGAGCCCAGCGACGAUGAGCUGCGAGCGGCCGGGCACACCGAUCCAAAGUCGGAUCAAGAGCCGGUCUCUGAAAGCGACCCGCCGGACUGCACAAACAAGCCUUUACCCGUCACGGCAACGUGGAGAAACACACUGUUCACCGAGGAGAGCGACGGCACGGAGCCGGCGGCGGGGGACAGCAGGAGAUCAGUCGCGUUCUUCGCCGUGUUUGACGGCCACGGAGGGCGAGAAGCUGCGCUGUUCGCUCGAGAUCAUCUCUGGGAUUUUCUCAAGCAGCAGCGGGGCUUUUGGUCGAAGGAUUACCGGAAAGUUUGUGCCGCAAUUCGCAAGGGUUUCAUCGCAUGUCAUCAUGCAAUGUGGAAAAAGCUUACUGAAUGGCCAAAGACAUUAACUGGCCUCCCCAGUACUUCGGGCACUACAGCCAGUGUGGUGGUCAUCAGAGGGGACAGCAUGUUUGUGGCUCAUGUCGGGGACUCGUCUGUUGUGUUGGGUGUGAGGGAAGAUCCCACUGAUAAAGUCAUCAAAGCUGUGGAGGUCACACAAGACCACAAGCCCGAGCUCCCGAAAGAAAAGCAGAGAAUUGAGGGACUGGGUGGCAGUGUGGUGAAGAAGUCUGGUGUGAACCGUGUGGUGUGGAAGAGGCCUAGGGUAACUCACAACGGCCCGGUCAGAAGGAGCACCCCGAUCGAUCAGAUCCCCUUCCUCGCUGUCGCCAGAGCUCUAGGUGAUCUAUGGAGCUAUGACUUCUAUAGUGGAGAGUUUGUGGUGUCUCCUGAGCCUGACACCAAUGUGGUGUCCCUUGACCCUAAACGCCAUCGUUACAUCAUCGUUGGCAGUGAUGGCCUUUGGAACAUGGUGCCACCACAGGAGGCAGUGACUGUGUGCCAGAGCCAUGAUGAAGCUGUGGCACCUUUCGGGAUGUCGGUUGCACGUCGGUUGGGGUGCCAUGCAUUGAUGCGAUGGCGUCAGCGGAUGCUCCGUGCAGACAACACCAGCGUCAUAGUUAUUGCCCUUCCUGAGCCUGGCAAACCCCACCUACCUAUGCACAGAGACGAGGUCAUACUUAGCCUGUCAGAGGGACCACACUGUGACCCUGCAAUAGGGUCCCGCUCCAUCACGCCACUCAUUAAGACCCCGGAUCCAGACCUGUCCUCAGCCAGCAGUGAGUCUUUGCCGGCGCUGGAGAGGAGGAACGGUUUGUCAGGAGUGAGUCUGAGCGCAGAACCCCUGUUAGAGGAAAACCUCCCUUACACUGAGCUCACGGACAAAGCUGCCUUGACUGUGUACCCCAUUGAGGGUAACCGGACCCCAGAGAUGCCCCUGUCCCCACCGGAUGUGUCAAGCCCGGUGGGGAAGAGGCCCAGACGGAGCCCCCUCACCCCAAGCAGCUCCCGCCGGAGGACUAGUGAACGCUCCGUGGCCAAACGCAACGCCGGCAAGAGUCCCAAACGGACCCCCAGCGUCCCUAUACUACAGCCCCGCAAAGCAACCCUCUGCGUCUGCUGAACUCCUCCGUCACACUAAUACAAUGAACGUCUACAUCCUGGUUUCUGAUGCUCUGCAUGGUCACAAGAAUAAAUAACUGCUAUUGUUUGUGCCGCUCUUUCUGUUUGUAAUGUAGGAUUUUUUAAAUUCUUGUUAUCAUUGUGUUUUUUCUUUCCUUUAAUUUUAAUGGUGUGAAUGUGAGAGUAAAAAGAAAAUCUCCUUUUUAGCAAUCAGAUUUAUAGUAAUUUUAUUAAAGAAAAACGCAGAUCAGUCUCUUAAAGGAAUAUUCAUUUAAAGGAUGUAUUUAAUCUUUCUCCUUUUAAAUUAAACAGCAUUAUUCAUGUCCAUCUUUAAAAUUUCAUGAAUUGCUUGUACAGAUUUUCUGAAAAUGACCAAAUAGUUGGAGGUAUACAAAAUAUAUUUUUAUACUUGUUAUAUUUUUUAAAAUAUCCAAUUUUCUUGCCCCACAAUGCUUGUGUGCACAUUUCCCAUACUUCAUUGUUUGUGCAUUAAAUAUUCACACAUUCACACAUACAAUGUAUUUGUUAGCAUUGUCCUGUCUUUCUAAUUUUGAGUUGCUCCAUUUUUGUUUUCAGAGAGCAUGAGUUAAUUAUUCUAAUACAUAUCUCUGAUCUUGGGACUACAGAGCAAGUUUAUUUAUUUUCUUUUGAUAAAGCUUUUGUAAAGUUUGAGGUUUGCAUGUUCUGUUAUAUCCUUUGAAACUGUCUUUUUCUUGGAGCGUUUUGUUUCUUGACUGUCCACCUUUUCGUAUGUAUUUCGAUAUUGUAAGUUAUUUAAUAUCAAUAAUGUCUGUUAAUGUAAAGCAGAUAACAUCUUCCAACACCAGUUCCAGAGCUAAUGUGGUGUGUGGUUAUGAGCCGAUGUUUAGACGAAGGCGUUUGCCAGAGUGUACAGCACAUUUUUAGUGGGAUGUUUGUUGCCCCAUGUUUGAGACUUUGUCUUUUCGAAGGAGAUUUUCCAGUAAACUGUCAAGGUGGAUAAUAAGUAAUGUUUUCAUAGUGUUUUUUUAUCCUUCGAAAUGAACACUUUUUACUAUAGUGGCAGAUUUGGUUUGAGUACUCAUGUGAUGUUGCCUGAAUGACAGUGACAGUUUGAUGGAUUUAAAUACAUAGAGUUUCUUAAAAACCCAAUUAUAUUACAUUUCAAACACAUCUACAAA